CUGCUUCCGCACACCACCUAGUUAAAUAUCCAUAUUAGGCAUUGUCGAUCACUGCUGUUUCUGAGAACCACGUCAGUGUACAAGCAUUAUUUCGUCAUAUUGCCCAGAGAGCAGUGACGGGAGGUUGUGAAAAGCGCCCGUCUUGUGUGUGAGAUCAGUAUACGACCUGCUUACAUCAUGCAGCCCUGGACUGUCAUCGUCUUCGUUGCAGUGUUAGCGCUACCAACCAUCAGAAGCCAGGGCGCCCUCUCAGAAUGUCCCAACCUUAAACAGGACAUCAUCGGGUGUUCAACGCAGUUCCUGAGUGAAACAUCCAUCAAAGGAUUCUUCACAGAUUUCACACAAGUUUUUAAUUUUACAUCUUUUCUGUCAAGCUCGAAAACGUCCUUGUGUCAGGCAUCAACCAAGACACUUGUUUUCGACUUCUAUGGAUGUUUAUAUGCCAAGUUAUUCGCUUGCAUUCCAUCUGCCUGGCAAAGAGCAUUCCCAUCCCUUGACCAGAUCAAAAAGGCACUCGACUACUUGUGUAACAACAUAAACGAUGUGGACUAUACAUGCCUGGCAGAAACUGGUAGGUCAACCACCCUGCUGAACUGUGUGCUGGCUGGCCACAAAGGACGUUCUGACUUUUCCACGCCUGAUGGAUACCUCGCAACCAUGUGCAGUCUAUCGCAGCUGUCUGAUAGCUGCACUAAGGCAGCCUAUGGUUCCUGUCCGAAGAGAACUGGAGAUGUCCUGGCAGAAUUUGAGAAGCUCGGGAAACCUGCCGCCUGUGACGCCUGUACCUCUCCGCCUUCACUUCUCCUCGUGCUGUUCUCAGUGCUGUCCUUCAUGCUGGCCUUGCUCAAGUAGAUACCCUAAUGGCACUGAUAUACACAACUGAUCAAGAAUUUGAACUUGUGUUGUUUUUGUUGUAGAUAUUUCGAAACAGGGAAACUGAAAUAAUUUAACGAAAAGAGUUGGCCCAACUUCGUUACUUAUUCACAGAUGGUUAUCUGUUUUAAAAAAAACCACUGAUAUGAUUUAUAUAUUAUUAUCUCCCGACUGCCAUGCUACCGUCCAUUUGUUUUUCGGGACAAAAAUGUAUAAACCUUCACUGUUCCGUCAUCUCUCUGUGGUGAAACACAUACAUCUUCACUUGUGUUUAAUGUAAUUUUGAUGGAUGCAGUUGGGUCUAUCGUGUAUCGUGUCGGAGCAAAUCACAAAAUACGUUCACAAAUUCACGAACAUCGCAUACAUAUGACCCAGAUUGUGCUUGGUACAGCUUGCAGGGCAGUAGAAAGCAUCACGGUGCUGAGACAGAUAUCAAUAGAUGACAAUGACACAUUCACAACAGUCCACCAGGCGGUAAUCUAAAGCAUACACCAUGUUCAGAUGUAAAACAUCAAUAUUCUUUCCGUUGCCAUGGAAACGUGUAAGCAAGUUUGUAUUAGGCAGAUGGUGAUUUGCCUGAGGGCAGCCAUAUUGUUCCAGAAGUAUUACGGCUGCUGGUUGUGAUGUUGCAAAAUGUUUUCUUUAUAUACAGUACAACAAAACAAAACGGAAACUAGGAUCAUGUACUGCACCUGUGUUCACAGGAUUACAUGGGAUUAGUCUGAUUUAUAUGUACCCAAAAACAAAGUAAUUGUGGUCACUUAAUUAAUUAAUUCUUCUUGCUUAAUGCAUUGAAGACAUUGAAGUGUACUGUUAUUUAAUUCCGAUGAAACUGACUACAUGUGCUUAAGGGAGUGGUUUUCUUUUCAUUCUACCCAGCAAUAAAUACAGGAAAUGUACACAGAUUAUGUAUAAAUAUUUGGUUAUUUUCAUGUCACACCAGAAAUAGACUGUUGGAAAUGAAUAAGGGAACACAUAGUUUUAGACACAGUACAAUGAUAUGCUAUCAUGGGUUCAAGCCUUGUCUGCCAAAUACACGUGGGAAACAUUGCACACAGACACAUCUCAACAUUUGAUUCUGACAGUUGUUGAACUUGUAUGCGCCCUUAUCGGAAUCUACUAACAGUAAAGCUUAUUAUUAUUGACCAUUGUUCAUUGUUACUUAAUUCAUUUCCAUAGGUAUAUAUAUAUAGCAUUUUGAUUUUCUUGUCUCCCUAAUACCCUACUGUUUCAAAGUGACCCUGGUGUGUGUUGAUAGUUCCUUUGUUGUGUACACGCGUACACAGUGAUCAACCACGAAAGUCAUAAAUAUCAUGUCACAAUAGGUAAUCAUUUUAAGUAAUUAAUACGAUCUCAGUUACUUUGGUUUGUCAGUGUAUACAUGUUUAAAUAACAACAAAGUUGGCGUGGGAUAUAGAAACGGGCUCCGUCCGUCCGUCCGUCACGUUUUGUUUCCGGAGCAUAACUCAGAAACCGUUCAAUAUUUUUUCAUGAAACUUUGCAGGUCUGUCAAGUACAUGCUGAACUGGUGCCUUUUGCUAUUUAGAAAUUUUAGAAAUUUAUAUUUUUUACGUUUCCAUGGCAACAAGAUGGACUUAGGUUCUGUGAGGGUAGGUUUUGUUUCCGGAGCAUAACUCAUAAACCGUUCAAUGUUUUUACAUCAAACUUUGAAGGUCUGUCAGGUACAUGCUGAACUUGUGCCUUUUGCUAUUUAGAAAUUUUAGAAAUGUUUAUUUUUUACGUUUCCAUGGCAACAAGAUGGACUUAGGUUCUGUGAGGGUAGGGUUUGUUUCCGGAGCAUAACUCAUAAACCGUUCAAUGUUUUUACAUGAAACUUCUGCAACAGGGGCGGGGGAUAUAGCCACGUUAGUGGCAAACUCUUGUUUUGAUUACAUUCAUCAAACAAUCUGGGCUUGUACCAUACACCGAAGCAUCGUGCAGGUCAUGUAUCGAUUGACAACUAUACAUCGACACAUAAGGGAGGACGGGCUGUGUGGAAAGAAGUUUAAUUGUAAGAUACUAUUUUGGGCCAUUGGUUUGGCUUGAUCCCGACUCGAUAAUGUACGGUUGUUGGUUGGGUUGUUGUUUAACGCCGCACUCAGCAAUAUUCCAGCUAUAUGACAAUGGUCUGAAAAUAAUCGAGUCUGGACCAGACAAUCCAGUGAUUGAUAUCAUGAGCAUCGAUCCACGGCCAGCGUGACAUCACCAGAACGUGGUAACUCCGACGUUCUGCAACUACUAUUACUUGUUGUAGUGCUACUCGUGUGUUCGUAUUGGGGCGGAUCGAUAUUAUUUAGGACUUUAAUGUAUACAGCUGGAAAAAAUAUGUUUAGCACCGCUUAUAAUAUAUUUCCGUAGAAAAAUGCCACGUUUCACACAUGUAUCAUGGAUGCUGAAGGGUACUGAACUAGACACUGACUGCGACCUUCCUUAAAAGAAAUAGUUUCGAAAUAUUUCCCUCCACGCAUAAAAUCAGCUUUCCUAAAGAAUUAUUCAGACAACUAAUAUUCAUUUUGAAGUGCAACCGCUAGUAUUAAGUGCUUAUAUAUAUACUUCCGUUAUUGUGAAGAAUUUGCCAUGUACAUUAUUAUUUAGAAGAUAAUAAAACAAACUUCUGUCAACCAUAUGGAACGCUUUUAUAAAAUCAAUAAAUUUACCAUAAAAUCUC